GCUCGCGCGCGCUCCAAGCUCACCGUGAGCAUAUCGCACCGCGCUCGUGCGCUUUUCUUUAUUGUUCCCGGAAAGCCUUUGAUCCUGAGCGCUCGAGCCUUCAUCUCGCCAUGCGAUGGAUAUUCUGUGGCAAUACCAGUUCCGGAUUAUUCUGCUCGGAGACUCAACGGUCGGGAAAUCGUCUCUGCUUAAACGGUUCACGGACGGCGUGUACAGCGACGUGGCGGAUCCGACGGUCGGGGUAGAUUUCUAUGCCAGAUCUCUUGAUAUAGAACCGGGGGUGAAGAUUAAACUGCAGCUCUGGGACACCGCCGGGCAAGAGAGAUUCAGGUCCAUUACAACUUCCUACUACCGCAAUUCAGUUGGUGGCCUCCUGGUGUUUGACCUGACCAAUCGUAAGAGCUUUGAGCAUGUGCGUGAAUGGCACCGUGAAGUCACUGAGCACAUCCUGCCACACCAUAUGGUCUAUAUCUUGAUCGGCCACAAGAGUGACCUGAUCCAAGAGCGCAAAGUGCUCCGUGAUGAGGCUGAGCAGCUGGCGGCUGAGUUGGGCGUGCGCUAUGUAGAAACGUCAGCUAAAUGCAAUAGCAACGUGGAGCGUGCCUUCGAGCUGCUGGCACGCGACAUCUAUGAGCUGAUGAAGAUGGGUGAGAUCUCGGCGCGUGACGGCUGGGACGGCGUUAAGAGUGGUCUCACAGCAAAAGUCCUCUACCCGGCUGAGGAAGAGGCAGAGAGAGAGAAGAGCUGCAACUGCUGACUUGGGGGCAUUCGCCUGUAACCUCUCACCUGUGUGUCAGUCACUCGUCCUUGCUGAGUUCACACUUUCACUUCCUGCAUUGCAAAUCAAGCUCGCUGCUUGUCCCUGCAUUUUCUGUCUGUCCCCAUCUUGAGAUGUGUGGUUCUCUGAAUAAGCACCAUGCUGCACUGAUAAUAAAAUGGCCUCCUUCUUUUUGGCUUCAGAUUGGAUAAAUAUAAGCUCGGAUGGACAGCACACGGUUCUAAGCAAAAGCAGUAAGAUGCAGGAUGACACUUGGAGACAUCAUUGGUUGAAAGACCUGGCAGCGGCCUGUGUUCUUUUUGAGCUUUAAAUCGCUUGUUGUUUUUGUCACACGGUGUUAAAUCACUGAAGAGGAAUGUAGUGUACUUUCUCUUAGUGGAAUGCUGUACUCCACCUGCUCCAUCUAUUCCACUGUUGUUUAACCUUUACGUUCAUUUGGUGCAAACGUUUUCACAUACUGUAUAUUCAUCCACCUGAACUUACACAUAAAGAUACAUUGCUCGAUUAUAUUCAGAUUACAUAAUUCGUUCAAUCAAGAAUGUGCAGUGCGGUUAACAUGUAAAUGACUCAUGCAAAGUCAACAGUGGAAAAACCUGCAAAACUACAUGGCGAUUUUGGUGCGGUAACACAGCGUAUACUGAGACACAGGAAUUACGAGAUUCCCAGCUGCUCUCAUUGUCUGUAUGCUUCUGCAUCUGUCAUUCGUAGCUGAAAUGUUAGCAAGUCCAUGUGCCAAAAUUCUGGCGUCAUAAUAGGGUACUGUAGGUAACUUAUCAUCAAACUGAAAUUUACAAUCCAUCACUAUGGAGUUUAUACCGAGUCUUGUGUCUCUAGCAAAAGGAGGAAAAAAUUCGAGUGCCAAUAUAUCCGCUCUGUCGCUAGCUCACCCUCUCAGAAAAGCCGCUUCUACAAACUUCCUCUCAGUGAAUCAGUCAUCAGAGAGUGUGUGCAGUACACAACCACAUUCAGCUCUAGAUGUGCCAAACUCUUAAUAAUGUGAGCUGAAACAGGAUUUUUUUUUUUUAAAAAGUGGGCUAUUCUGUUCAUACUGUUAAAUAUGGAUUAGAUAUAUACUGUAUGCAUCUACUGUAUGAGGGUCAUUCAAUCAUCUAGAUCAUUUUGAUUAUCUAGUAGUAGUAAAUCAAAACCGAGGUAUAAGUACACAGUGUUUGUCCAGUCCAAAGUUUUUUUACUCUACAGUUAAUAUCAAACUUAAUUGGAAAAGACAUGAGCAUGUUUAUUAAUCGGAUAAAUGCAACGUUUUCCCUUUUUAAUUCGAGUAUGAAACCACAAAUUCAGAUGCCCUAAGAUUGAGGAUAUCUUGCAAGCUAGAAAGGAUGUUCUUGACCUAGAUACCAAUGUUAACGUGCCUAAAAUGGCAGCUAACAUAAUAUAUAACAAAUCAUAUAUUAUACACAUUAUAAUUUUGC